UUCCCAAUGGUUAGUUUUGGGAAUUCACCGGUUUCACGGUUCUCUCAUAACUUCCCAAAAUGGUGAUAACGAAAACUUGAAAAUCAAUUCGCUCUAGGCAGUUCGAGAGAGAAGAGGAUGAGUGAGAUUCUUCUUCUUCUCCUCUAAUCUGAAGCUAACAGUGAGGAAUUAGAAUUGAUGAUUUCCCUAAACUCGAUUCACCUUAUGAUUUGACAUUUCUACCCUCCGAUUUUGAAUGGCCGAUCACUCAGACUCUUCUCCCCUGGUUCCUCCCCUUCCCCUCGCUCACCCUUCCGAGAUCGACCUCGAAGCCGGUCCCUCCGAGCAAAUCCAAUGCCGAAUUUGUCUCGAAACUGAUGGUAGAGAUUUCAUAGCUCCUUGUAAGUGCAAAGGUACAUCAAAAUAUGUACAUCGAGAAUGCUUGGAUCAUUGGCGAGCAAUUAAGGAAGGGUUUGCCUUUGCUCACUGUACUACGUGCAAGGCUCCUUAUCAUUUGCGUGUUCAUGUUGCUGCUGAUAGGAAAUGGCGUACACUGAAAUUUCGGUUUUUUGUCACCAGAGACAUUUUGUUUAUUUUCCUGUCUGUCCAACUUGUCAUCUCUUCACUGGCAUAUUUGGUUUAUCUAAUAGAUGGUUACCAGCAGUAUUGGCUCCGUCUUCUCUGGGGUUUUGAUAGUGAACUGAGCUUUUACUACAUAUGUGGAGCUCUAUUGUUUUUCGCAUUGCUUGGCCUUUCUGGGUGCUUCAUUACUUGUUAUGAUCGGAGAGUUCGCAAUGAUUUAGCUCAGCCUUGUAGAGAAUUAUGUCUUUGUUGCUGUCAACCUGGAGUUUGUGCAGACUGUCAUUUGCCAGGCACUCUUUGUAUGUGGACUGAUUGCACCACAUGCUUUGAGAGUUGUGGCACCAUGGCAACUGAAUGCGGUGGUUGUUUGGGAGGUGCUGGUGAAGCAGGGCUACCAUUAUUAUUUAUAAUGGCUUUGAUUGUUUUGGGUCUUUUUACUGUAAUUGGGAUAUUCUACAGUGUAUUGGUGGCUACUAUGGUAGGUCAACGAAUAUGGCAACGACAUUAUCACAUACUUGCAAAAAGGAUGCUAACAAAGGAGUAUGUGGUUGAAGACGUUGAUGGAGAGCUGACUGGAUCUGAUUGGUCACCCCCAUCUCUCCCACCUGAGCAUGUUCAGCAGUUGAAAACAUUGGGCCUACUAUGAGUUUGAAAGAUUCAUCAGUCAUCUACUUGAUGACAAGAAUGACAGUAGAGUUACAUUGGCCCUCCCUGCGUUUUGGUAAGCUGGUCCAUUUCAUGAAGACCUGCAGUUAAUUGAAAAUUGUGUAAUAACUGCUGAAUUCAAUUUGGCUGGAGUUGUACACUUUUGCUGAACCGCUGAUAUGUGGAAUUUGUGAAUGUCUGACCCGUCUACUUGUGUAAAGAAAAUGGAAGAGGAUUCUUUUAAUGUCAAUAAUAGGUUACAGGUACAUCGCCAUUUCUUUUCCUUGAUAUGAUGCUGCUUGGCUAGUCAUGUUUUAUUCGUUGCUUUUCGCAGUUUUGAGUUUUGAUUUGGAUACUUUACUUAUCAAAGAUUUCCAGCAGUAGAAUUUUAUUUU